GUUAAAUAAUCUCCCUCUUUCGCUGCUCACUGGUCUCAAGGUCUGAACCCCGAAAUAACGCCCACCCACAGUCAUGGAAGUCGAGGCCCAGAAAAUGUUGGCGUUGAAGAGGGCGUACGCGGAGAUAAUUCUCAACACGGCCAAGGAGGCGGCGGCGCGUGUAAUGGCGUCGGAGAGGAAAGCGCGUAGUUUUCAGCAGGAUCUGCGCGCCACCAAGGACGAGGCGCUCCGAAUGCUCCUCCGCCUCAAGCAAAUGAUCGAUUCCAAGACAACUGAAGCAGAGAUGACAUCCUUGAGACAGCGGAGACGGAUAGAAGAGCUUGAAGCACAGCUCAAUGAGGCAGAGGAUGUGAUAGCUGAUCUUAGAACAGAGCUGACUCAGUUAUGGGAUGCGUUGGAGAAGGCAAAAAGCAACCAAUUGCAACAUUUAGAUGGGCAAAUCAUGAAGGGACAUGAAUCUUCUCAUGAAAACACAGCUCCUGAGCCCAUCAUACCCUCUCCUUCAAUUUCUGGACUUGAAGCUGUGACAACUUCCAAAAUGAAGACUGCACCACUGGAUCAGAGAGUUUCAGUUAAUAAGUGCUGUAAUACAACUAAAGAAACUGGACAACUGGGUAUUUCUCUGUUGGAUAAGUAUCAUGCUCAUAACUCCGACUUUGCCUCCAUAAUCAUGAGACGCAAGCAGCCUGAGCUAUACAGAAAUGGAUUUACACAGAGAAUUCGUGCAUUUGAAAGAAACUUCCCGCAUGGCAAAGUGCCUCCUUCUGGAGAUGUAGAUGAUCGACAUUCUCUCGAAAAGAAUGAGCUUAUCACUAAAGUGAUUGAUAAGGAAGAAGGAAGAUGUCAUGUAUCCUCUACUAGGACCAGUAACAUGGAAAUUGUAAGGAACUCAACUGGGGAAGAAGUGAAGAAGCCUGUUAAGAAGGUCCGCAUGUCACGAAAAAGGAAGACUCGAUUUGGGAAAGCCAAAGCUACUUCAAGGAAGUCUUGUCCCCGUCGUGGUCAGCACAUGAAACUUUGUCAACCAUCUGCUGUUCUUUCUUGUCAUAAAACUUACUUGAUCAACGGGAAUGUUAAAUCUGCUGAGGGUGCCUGCACUCAACCACCUAUCGAGGCAGACAAAGAGGAAGUCGAGACUGUUCACAAUGAGAAAGGAAAAAAGAUUGAAAGUAGGGAUACCAUUGCGUCAUUCAGAUCUCUGCCUGAUCAGCUUAGAAAACCUUGUCAGCCAUCUACUGUUCUCUCCCGUUGCAGAACUUCUUCAUGUUCAGGCAAUGGAAAUAUCAAAUCCGAUGAAGAUAGGUCGAAAGUAAAUGAAAUCAAAUCCGAGAUUAAGCCAUUGACCCGCUUGGUUCCAGGAUUUACACUAAUUAAACAUGAUGCAGAUCCUAUAUCAGGUUCUACUGAUCUUACUGUGAGCAUUAAGGUGAUUAAUAAAUCUGGACUUAUCCAGAAUGUGGAGGACAUGGAGUUGGUAGACAAGUCUAUGUUGGUAAAACAUGAAGGUGACGCUGCAGAGAAUUUGAUUAAUCUGGGGUCUGAGUUGGACGUUGGGAAGAUCGAUGUACCGCUGAUGAACUCCUCUUUGAAAGAUGCUGAAGUAUCUGAAACAAGUAAUGGUUCUCCUAGUCCAGCAGACAACAAUAGGCUUCUGAGGUACACCUUUCAGAGGAAGCGCAAGAAGGAGUCCUUCAGCAAGCCAGAUGAAAAUUCUUCUAUUCAAAACAGCACCAUUAAGAGAAGGGCUGUAGAAAAACAGAGUGGUGCAUCGGAGCCACAAGAUUGUAGCUUAAUUAAUGAAUCGUCUAGAGAUAGUCGCCGACUGGCUCAGGUUGCACGUCAGCUUAUUUCUUUGUCUGGGAAAAGAUGGUGGUAGUAAUGGUGGCUGUUUCUUACAUCCCAUGAGGAGAAAGUUGGGAUAUAAUUGGCAACACCAACCUUUGCUAGGUGGUUCUCAAGAAAAGCUUUUGUGAAGAUAUAUCUGAUAGAUGUCGGCUGGCUGCAUGAGAGAGAGAGAGAGAGAGAGAGAAUUAGUAAUCUGCCAUUACAUAUGUAUUAACUUCUAGUUCUUGCUGCAUUUUCAAUUUUGUUCUAUAAAAGUUUCUCUUGUCCAACCUUUUUUUCA